AAACAUUUCGAAGAUUCAGUAUCCUGAAAGGUGUCGCCUUUUUUCCAGUCCUGAGAGUUCCUGCUUGUCCUUAAGUCUGUAGGCAUCACCACCUUCAGACCCCUCAGCAUCCAUCCCAGCAUAGGAAUGCUCUCGAUAUUGGUCACCGUGGGCUUUCUCUGCACAGCCAGCACCAUGGCCGAAGUAAUGGAAGUGACUCAGCCAGCCAUGGUGCUGGCCAACAGGCAAGGAGUGGCCAGCUUGGUGUGUAAAUACAAGCACAUUGGGAACGCAAAGGAAAUUCGAGUUACUCUGCUCAAACAGACGGGUGACCAGUUCACUGAAAUCUGUGCUUCAACCUACACGACGGAGUUUAAAAUGUUCAGUGUGGAGGAGGUCAUUCAGUGCCACGUCAGCCCCAGCCAAAACAAAGUGACCCUCACCCUCACCGGCCUGCAAGUUAAUGAUACUGGCCUUUACAUCUGCAAGAUGGAGAGGAUGUACCCUCCACCCUAUUUUAUGAACAAGGGAAAUGGGACGCAUCUCUAUGUCAUUGAUCCAGAACCUUGUCCAGACACUGCCAUAUAUCUCUGGGUAUUAGGAGCUGCUGCCUCAGGACUUUUUCUUUACAGUGUCAUCAUCUCAGCCAUUCUCGUGGGCAAAGCGAUAAAAAGAAGACGAUGUCUCACCACUGGGGUCUAUGUGAAAAUGCCUUCUGAAAAGCUAGAGAAAAAAGUGAUUCCAUUCCACAUCACUGUUAACUGAAACAAGGAAAAAGGGAAACAUUUCCCAGCUGGGACUGAGAGUCUGCUAAUUCACUUAAGUUAAAGAAAUAAAAUUAGUUGUCUUAUUACAAAGGUGUAUGGGAAGGACAGAGAAUAUUCUUUGUAACUUCUAUAGUUUGGAGAAGAAUAAAUAGUUUAUGCAU